AAUCUGUACCAAAACAGGUUCCUGGGCCUGGCAGCCAUGGCGUCUCCAUCUAGGAACUCACAAAAUCGGCGCCGGUGCAAAGAGCCUCUCAGAUACAGCUAUAACCCUGACCAGUUCCAUAACAUGGACAUCAGGAACAAUUCCCAUGAGACGGUCACCAUUCCUAGGUCUACCAGUGACACGGACCUUGUCACUUCAGACAGCCGGUCUACCCUGAUGGUCAGCAGUUCCUACUACUCCAUUGGGCAUUCGCAGGACCUAGUGAUAUACUGGGAUAUAAAGGAGGAAGUGGAUGCAGGGGACUGGAUUGGCAUGUAUCUCAUAGAUGAGGUCUUGUCCGAAAACUUUUUGGACUACAAGAACCGUGGCGUCAAUGGCUCUCACCGUGGUCAGAUUAUCUGGAAGAUUGAUGCCAGCUCUUACUUUGUGGAGCCUGAAACAAAGAUCUGCUUCAAAUACUACCAUGGCGUGAGUGGGGCACUACGAGCCACAACUCCGAGUGUCACAGUGAAAAACAACGCAGCUCCCAUUUUUAAAAGCAUCACCAAUGAAGAUUCAAUCCAGGGACAAGGAAGUCGCAGACUGAUAAGUUUUUCAUUGUCAGAUUUCCAAGCUUUUGGUCUGAAGAAAGGAAUGUUCUUCAAUCCAGAUCCUUACCUGAAGAUUUCCAUUCAGCCUGGAAAACAUAGCAUCUUCCCUGCGCUUCCUCAUCAUGGACAGGAGAAGAGAUCUAAGAUAAUGUGUAAUACUGUUAACCCAAUCUGGCAAGGAGAGCAAUUCAGCUUUGUCUCCCUGCCCACGGAUGUCCUGGAAAUAGAAGUUAAAGACAAAUUUGCAAAGAGCCGACCGAUAAUCAAGCGUUUCCUGGGAAAACUCUCUAUGCCGGUUCAACGCCUCUUGGAAAGACAUGCCAUAGGGGACAGGGUUGUAAGCUACACUCUGGGUCGCAGGCUUCCUACAGAUCAUGUCAGUGGCCAGCUGCAGUUCCGAUUUGAGAUAACUUCAUCCAUCCAUCCAGAUGAUGAAGAGGUCUCCAUUAGUGCAGAUCCUGAGCCAGCUGACCUCCAGGAAAGCCCUGUGAACAACCCCACAGAGGAAAGCCUCGGUGAGCCUCCAUGCAUCAACACAGUGACCUCAGAAAGUACAGCUCCAGAACAGCUAAAUGGAUACAGUGUGAACAGUGUCGAUAGCCCAGGGGCUGUCAAACCACCUGGGGAAGUCAACCAGAAAAGCUUAAACGAAGAGCUAGCAGGAGAUGGGGAGGUUGAUGUGGUGCCAGUUCCUGAGCCCUUGGAAUCCAUCCCAGAAGUGCUGCCUUCUUUGAGUGCUACGGACCUCACGGAGCAGCUGGCUCUGCUGGCUUGCAUGUCUCCUGAGACUGAAGUUAGGGAAAAUAACGAAGUCAAUUCUGGUACUCAGGGAGAUGGUGGAGUCUUGACCAGCAUAGAAACGUUAGAUCUUGAUGAGGUGAGUGCAGAUGUGCAUGCUGGCAAGGACCUAGAGAAGAGUCAGGAAGAAGAAGGGGCUUCAGCCCAGGAGGAGGAAGACAACAAGCUACAACUAAGGACCACAGCAAAGAGGAAAAACAGGCCGUGCUCCCUGCCUGUGUCUGAACUUGAGACAGUCAUAGCUUCAGCUUGUGGUGAGCCAGAGACCCCUCGCACGCACUAUAUACGGAUCCACAACCUGCUCCACAGCCUGCCCUCAGCACAGAUGAGCAGCGAUGGGGAAGAAGAGCAAGAUGGUGGCAACGGUGGGGAGAACGAUGAGGAGUCUACAGUCAAGGAGGCAUUGGAGAAGGAGGUGGUCAGUGAGAGUGAGACAGUGGCAGCAGAGCCUCCUCUGGAAAAUGAGGCUGAAGAGAACUUCAGCCAGAGCACGGUGCCUCCUGGGACCUUGGAUGAGCAACUCUCCAACUUAAAUGAUGGGCUGUUGGAUGGGGAACACCCCAGGACAGGAAGCGAGAGCGAGUCGAGCUCCAGGCCCAAUGGUGACAACGAAUGCGAGGCGUGCGACACUUCUUGCUACAGCCCCUCUUGCUAUAGCACUUCCUGCUACAGUACCUCCUGCUACAGCACUUCUUGCUACAGCACCUCCUGUUAUGACAGUAACAAUCGCUUCUCCAGCCAUACCCGCUUCUCCUCUGUUGACAGUGCAAAGAUUUCUGAGAGCACGGUCUUUUCCUCACAGGAUGAUGAUGAUGAAGAGAACAGUGCUUUUGAGUCAGUGCCAGAUUCAGUACAGAGCCCUGAGCUGGACAGGGAGCAAGUGGAUGGCUCCUCCCAGUGGCCAGAUGAACUAGUAGCUCAUGGUGGGAAUCCACAAAGAGCCACAGAGAGUCUAGACACCCCAAUAGCAGGUCCAAGCAGCAGAAGAGAAGGUGAUUGUCCUUUACUUCAUAAUUCUCAGCCAGUCAGCCAGCUUCCUUCUCUGAGGCCUGACCAUCAUCACUACCCAACUAUCGAUGAGCCUCUUCCACCAAAUUGGGAAGCUCGGAUAGACAGCCAUGGGAGGGUAUUCUACGUUGAUCACGUCAACCGAACCACUACGUGGCAGCGCCCCACAGCCGCAGCAACGCCGGAUGGGAUCCACAGGUCUGGCUCUAUCCAGCAAAUGGAGCAGCUGAACCGGCGAUACCAAAAUAUCCAGCGAACUAUUGCAACAGAGCGGACUGAAGACGAUGCUGUAGUAAACAACAGGGUGGAGAGAGUUCCCACCGGAGGAGGAAGUGACUCUGAGGCAGAGCCUUCCCAGCCGAGCUCAGAGAUUAGGAGGGAAGGUUCCCUUUCUCCUGUGAAUUCUCAAAAAAUCACCUUGUUGCUGCAGUCUCCAGCUGUGAAGUUCAUCACCAAUCCUGAGUUCUUCACUGUGCUGCAUGCAAACUAUAGUGCCUAUCGAGUCUUCACUAACAGUACCUGCUUGAAGCAUAUGAUUCUGAAGAUCCGUAGAGAUGCUCGUAAUUUUGAGCGCUAUCAGCACAACAGAGACCUGGUAAAUUUUAUCAACAUGUUUGCUGAUACCCGACUGGAGCUUCCUCGUGGCUGGGAGAUAAAAACUGACCAGCAGGGCAAGUCUUUCUUCGUUGACCACAAUAGCCGUGCUACCACUUUCAUAGAUCCCAGGAUCCCGCUGCAGAAUGGUCGUCUCCCUAAUCACCUGACUCACAGGCAACAUCUUCAGCGACUUCGUAGCUACAGUGCUGGAGAGGCCUCCGAAGUCUCUCGAAACAGAGGAGUUACUCUGUUGGCCAGACCAGGCAAUAGUCUCGUAACAGCUAUUCGAAACCAGCACCAUCAUGAGACAUUACCUCUGGCUUACAAUGACAAGAUUGUUGCAUUUCUACGCCAACCCAACAUUUUUGAGAUGCUGCAGGAGCGUCAGCCCAGCUUGGCCAGAAACCAUGCACUCAGGGAGAAGAUCCAUUAUAUUCGGACAGAGGGUACACAUGGGCUUGAAAAGUUGUCCUGUGAUGCAGAUUUAGUAAUUCUGCUGAGCCUUUUUGAAGAGGAUAUUAUGUCCUACAUACCACUGCAGGCUGCCUUCCAUCCUGGUUACAGUUUCUCUCCUCGCUGCUCACCCUGUUCAUCACCCCAAAAUUCUCCAGGACUGCAGCGAGCAAGUGCAAGAGCACCUUCUCCAUACAGGAGGGACUUCGAAGCCAAGCUGCGCAAUUUCUAUCGAAAACUUGAAGCCAAAGGGUAUGGACAAGGUCCAGGUAAAAUUAAGUUAAUUAUACGACGUGACCACUUGCUGGAAGGCACCUUCAACCAGGUAAUGGCAUAUUCACGCAAGGAGCUCCAGCGGAACAAACUCUACGUCACGUUUGUUGGCGAGGAAGGGUUGGACUACAGUGGCCCCUCCCGAGAAUUCUUCUUCCUUCUGUCUCAGGAGCUCUUCAAUCCCUAUUACGGGCUGUUUGAGUAUUCAGCCAACGACACUUACACUGUACAGAUCAGCCCCAUGUCUGCCUUUGUUGAAAAUCACCUGGAAUGGUUCAGGUUCAGCGGUCGUAUUCUUGGCCUUGCUCUCAUUCAUCAGUACCUUCUUGAUGCUUUCUUCACAAGGCCGUUCUACAAAGCACUACUAAGGCUGCCGUGUGAUUUAAGUGACUUAGAGUACCUGGAUGAAGAGUUCCAUCAGAGCUUGCAGUGGAUGAAGGAUAAUAACAUCACAGAUAUCCUGGAUCUCACCUUCACAGUGAACGAGGAGGUGUUUGGACAGGUGACAGAGAGAGAGUUGAAAUCUGGAGGGGCAAAUACAGCAGUGACAGAAAAAAACAAAAAAGAGUACAUCGAGAGAAUGGUUAAGUGGCGAGUGGAACGAGGAGUGGUUCAGCAAACAGAGGCCCUGGUCCGUGGUUUCUACGAAGUUGUAGACUCCAGGCUUGUCUCUGUUUUUGAUGCCAGAGAACUGGAGCUGGUUAUAGCUGGCACUGCAGAAAUAGAUCUCAAUGACUGGCGUAACAACACAGAAUAUCGUGGAGGUUACCAUGAUGGACACAUAGUAAUACGGUGGUUCUGGGCAGCAGUGGAGAGAUUUAACAAUGAGCAGAGACUCCGGUUGUUGCAAUUCGUCACUGGAACAUCAAGUGUGCCAUACGAGGGCUUUGCAGCUCUCCGAGGGAGCAAUGGCCUACGGCGCUUCUGUAUAGAGAAAUGGGGUAAAAUAACCUCCCUCCCAAGGGCACACACAUGUUUCAACCGUUUGGAUCUUCCACCUUACCCCUCAUAUUCUAUGCUGUAUGAAAAGCUGCUGACAGCUGUUGAAGAAACUAGCACCUUUGGACUUGAAUAAGGGGGUUCAGGCACUUCUGGUGUUUUUCUGGCUGAUGAUGUCACUUUUCCUGUCCACCAUCAUUUGAUCUUGGUUUCCCAUGUUUUUAUUUUUGAAAACAAAAGAAACAAACAAACAAAAAAAAUCAAGAUUGACAAAAGCUGUGCAUGAAGAACUGCUGCCCUCUAAGAUCUAACCUUCAUGCUUUCAUCCUCUGUUUCCAAUGGACUGCUAGUCUGUAUGCAAUAGAAAAACAACUGUCUCAAGGUUUCUGUAUAUCUCUACAUACCUCCAUUAAUAACAAUGAAAAUACAAAUGCAAGUUACACUACACUUGACCAAAUGUUAAUAAAUGUUUACUUCCACCUACGUUGAUUAAAAAAUAAAAA